UUACAUACUAAUUGUUUGAAUAGGUAUUUGCACGUAUUAAAAAUGCAUUAACCUUACAGUAUGUUUUCAUAAUGUGUACACUGUACAUAUUUCUGAUGGGUGCAUUGUUGAUACUGUAAGCCCACAGCAAAUUAAAAAAUUAUAGAUUUUUACAUUUUUCAUCAUAAUUUACAGUAAUUUAACUGGUGUGAAAUAGCUUCCGUGCUACUAUUUAAGACUUUAUAUUUUAUUGAAUUCUAAUCAGGGCAUGAGGCUGAAUCUUUAUAAAAUGCUUCUUCUGUACAUUAUUAAUCAAUUUGUCUCUAUUCCAGCUGUGUGCAGUGAAACAAUCAGCCGAACAAUGAUCCAUUAAAAACAAGAAUGAAUUCCACAACAGCUGUUUACCGCGAUACGGUACAAACAGUUAUAAUUAAAAAUGUGGUCACUGUGGUUCUCUGCAUCGCCAUUAACUAUGUCAACAGCAUCCUGGUAAACACAUUCAGAAAACAUCAGGUCUGAAACCUUUGAGCUACAUUGUCUACAAAUUAUUUCUGUUGUUUAGGUUGUGUAGGUCACUAAUUAGACUGUAAACCGCUUACAUUAUGUUAUUCUCUUUUCCUACAGGUGUUUAACAUGAACCCUCGCUACAUCUUCUAUAUCCACCUAGUAAUCAACGAUAUCAUCUUGCUGAGUGCAUUCACUCUGCUUCAGGUCCUCAGUUACACUGUGUUUACACUGAAUGCCUCCUUAUGCAUAGUUUUGCUCAUAAUUGCUAUAUUUGCAAACCUGAACAACCCCCUGACCCUGGCAGUUAUGGCAGUGGAGUGUUACGUUGCCAUUUGCUUCCCUCUCCAUCACACCCAGAUCUGUACAGUCAAGAAAACCUAUGCUGUGAUCGGCUUAAUAUGGACACUCAGUACGCUUUCAAUCCUACCAGAUAUAUUUGUUGCCGUAGCCACAGAACCUGUGGAAUUCUUUAAUUCCAGAGUUUUUUGCUUGAGGGAAAAUAUUUUCAGGGCCCCGUAUCUCACAGUAAAGAGAGAUGCACUCAAUGCAGUGUUUUUGGUCAUUGUGUGGAUGACACUUUUCUAUACAUACUUCAGGAUACUUUUUACAGCUAAGGCGGCUGCUGCAGAUGCCAAGAAGGCAAGAAACACUGUCCUCCUCCACGGCUUCCAGCUAAUGUUGUGCAUGCUCUCUUAUGUUUUUCAUCUCGUUAUAGAAGGUCUUACAUUCUUCUUUCCAAAUAAUGCGGUAACCAUUCGCUUCACUAUUGCAAUAUUGAUUCAGAUCCUGCCUCGACUCAUCAGUCCAGUCAUUUAUGGGUUACGAGACAAAACAUUCAGGAAGUACCUAAAGCAAUAUUUGUUUGUUACAAACUAUAAAAUUCAUACAGAAGAGAAAACUGAGAAAUAA